UAGAUCGACCGGUCCACACCUUACCCAAAGCGAUUUGCGCACAGGUUUUCCCACACUGAGAAAACCCUAAACCGCCGUCGCAAACAUCAACCUUCAUCCCCUGCUUCUUCACUCUCCGUUUUCCACACAGGUAUCUCAAUCGAAACCUUCAUCUUCUUAUUCUAUCAAUUACUUCAGAUCUAACCGAAUCAAGUUUCUGAUUUAUCUCAUCUGUUUAUCGCUCACUUAUAGCUUAAGGUUUAUACGGAGAUUUGCGUUACUUUUAGCCUUUGACUGAACAAGAUGGCGUCGAAAUUUUGGAGUAACCAGGCUGACAGUGAGACUGAAUCCGAAGUGAGUGAUACCGAACAAGAUGAUGUUAGCGAACAGGAGGAUGCCACUAAUGCUCCUGAUAGGAACAAGUAUCUUGAUACCGGUGAUAGUGACAGUGAUGAUUCGGACUCGCAUAAGCGUGUUAUUAAGUCCGCUAAGGAUAAGCGGUUUGAGGAGUUGUCGACGACGAUUGAUCAGAUGAAGAAUGCGAUGAAGAUUAAUGACUGGGUUAGUUUGCAGGAGAGUUUUGAUAAGAUUAACAGGCAGCUUGAGAAGGUGAUGAGGGUUACAGAAUCGGAUAGGGCUCCGAAUAAUUACAUCAAGGCAUUGGUGAUGUUGGAGGAUUUUUUGAAUCAAGCAAUGGCGAAUAAGGAGGCGAAGAAGAAGAUGAGCAGUAGCAACGCGAAGGCGUUGAAUGCUAUGAGGCAGAAGCUGAAGAAGAACAAUAAGCAGUAUGAAGAUUUGAUUAACAAGUGUAGAGAAAAUCCUGAAAGCUUUGAGGAUCAAGAAGAAGCAGAAGAACCAUCAGAAGACGAGGAUGAUGAUGAUGAGGAUGAGUCAGGGUCGGAGAUUGAUGACAUAACUAAAGCAGAACCCGAGUCGGAUGAUACCGAUGAUGAGGAUGAUGAGGACAAGGAUGUGAACCAACCUGGUUGGGAGAGAAAGUUGAGCAAGAAAGACAAGUUAAUGGAAAAGCAGUUUAAGGAUCCAAACCAGGUGACGUGGGAUACGGUUAACAAGAAGUUUAAGGAGGUUGUUGCCGCACGUGGUAGAAAAGGAACCGGAAGGCUUGAACUUGUCGAGCAGCUUACGUUCUUAACGAAAGUGGCGAAAACACCUGCUCAGAAGCUUGAGAUCCUGUUUAGUGUGGUCUCUGCACAGUUUGAUGUUAACCCUGGUUUAAGUGGUCACAUGCCUAUAAACGUGUGGAAGAAAUGUGUUCAGAAUAUGCUUGUGAUACUUGAUAUCCUCGAGCAGUAUCCUAACAUUCUGGUUGAUGACACUGUGGAGCCCGAUGAGAAUGAAACACAGAAAGGAACUGAUUAUACUGAUACCAUACGUAUAUGGGGAAACCUCGCAGCUUUUCUUGAAAAGAUAGACGUCGAGUUCUUUAAGAGUCUGCAGUGUAUCGAUCCUCACACACGUGAGUAUGUCGAAAGGCUUCAAGACGAGCCUUUGUUUUUUGUACUCGCACAAAACGUUCAAGCGUAUCUCGAACGUGUUGGGGACCACAAAGCUGCAGCAAAGGUUGCGUUAAAGCUUGUUGAACUUGUGUAUUACAAACCACAAGAAGUGUAUGGCGCUAUGAGGAACUUGGCUGACCAAUCGGAAGUUGACGAUGGAGAGGAAUCGGGUACCGAAUCGAAAGGCGGUCCACUGGCGCCUUUUGUGAAUGUACCGGAAAUUGUGCCACGAAAACCGAGUUUUCCGACAAGUAGUCGGGAACUGAUGGAUAAUCUGGUCUCGCUUAUAUACAAACAUGGUGAUGAAAGGACAAAGGCUCGUGCAAUGCUGUGUGAUAUUUAUCAUCAUGCGAUAUUGGAUGAGUUUUCUAUGGCUCGUGAUUUGUUGCUUAUGAGUCACUUGCAGGAUAGUGUUCAGCAUAUGGAUAUCUCUACUCAGAUACUUUUUAACAGAUCAAUGGCUCAGCUUGGUUUAUCUGCUUUUAGGGCUGGGCUUAUUACUGAAGGACAUGGCUGUCUUUCUGAGUUGUAUUCGGGUGGCAGGGUGAAAGAGCUUCUUGCACAAGGUGUUUCUCAAAGUCGUUAUCAUGAAAAGACACCAGAACAGGAACGUCUGGAAAGAAGAAGGCAGAUGCCAUACCACAUGCACAUCAACCUCGAGCUUCUAGAAUCCGUACACCUAAUAUGCGCAAUGUUGCUAGAGGUUCCCAACAUGGCAGCAAACAGCCACGACGCAAGGCGCAAAGUCAUCAGCAAGACACUAAGACGUCUACUAGAAAUAAGCGACAGGCAGACAUUCACCGGCCCACCAGAAAACGUGAGGGACCACGUCAUGGCAGCAACUCGGGCUCUUAGCAAAGGCGACUUUCAAACAUCUUUCGAUGUUAUCAACUCACUGGAUGUCUGGAAGCUUCUGAAAAACCGUGAAACCGUUCUAGCAAUGAUAAAAAACAAGAUCAAUGAAGAAGCUUUGAGGACCUAUCUUUUCACUUAUUCGGCAUCAUACGAGACACUAAAACUGGAACAGCUUGCAAAGAUGUUUGACCUCUCGGAAAGUCAAACUCAUUCUGUUGUUAGCAAGAUGAUGAUUAAUGAAGAGCUUCAUGCCAGCUGGGACCAACCUACACAGUGCAUUGUGUUCCAUGAAGUUGAACACAGCCGGUUACAGGCUCUAGCUUUCCAGUUAACCGAAAAGCUAUCGGUGCUUGCUGAGAGCAACGAGCGGGCCAUUGAAGCGAGGCUAGGAGGUGGUGGGUUGGAGUCACUAUCAUCGAGGCGCCGGGAGGGUCAAGACUACGCGGCGGUUGCUGGCGGUAAUAAAUGGCAGGACAACCAGUCUUACACACAAGGGCGGCAGCAGUCGGGAUAUGGCGGUGGUCGGCCUUACGGUCCUGGUCAGAAUUAUCAAAACCGGACUAGUCAAUCUAGAGGUGGGUAUCAGAGCACACGAUAUCAAGAUAGUGCAGGUGCAGGGCGGAACUAUGGUGGUUCAGCGGCUAGAGGCGGCCAGAUGGAUGGUUCGAACCGCAUGGUGAGUCUGAACAGGGGUGCUCGUGCUUAGUUAAAUGCAUUCGGGUCAACACCAGUUUUCAUAAACUGUUAUUUUUGUUUUCAACGAAAAAUGUCAUGGGGUAAGACAAUUUUAGACACCUUUUCAUUUAUGUUUAAAUUGUUAGUUCGGACUGUAAGUGAUCCAAGUAUCACUUAAGUUGCAAGAGUGCUUUUUAAUUUAUGUGUUAAAUUUUGCUUGACAUAA